AUGGAUCCCUCGGUCACUCUAUGGCAGUUCCUGCUCCAGCUGCUGGAGCAGCAAAGCAACGGGCAUCUCAUCGCGUGGACGUCCAAUGACGGGGAGUUCAAGCUGGUGGACGCGGAGGAGGUUGCGAGGCUCUGGGGGCUCCGGAAGAACAAGACCAACAUGAACUACGAUAAGCUGAGUCGGGCCCUGCGAUACUACUACGACAAGAACAUCAUCCGUAAAGUCAGCGGGCAGAAAUUCGUCUACAAGUUCGUCUCCUACCCGGAACUUUCCAGCAUGGAGGGGGUGAAGGACGAGGGGGGCGCCAAGAGACCGGAGCAGGUCCAGCUGGACCCCAAAGCAGGAGAGGGUGCCUUCGGUGCCCCUAAAGCCCCACGUGGGGGCGGCGGUACCCCGCGCAGCAGUCGGAACGAAUACAUGCGCUCCGGGCUCUAUUCCACUUUCACCAUUCAGUCGCUGCAGACUCCUGCGCCCGCUGGACGGGCCUCGCGCCAGGAGACGGAGAUCCUGCCUGUCGUGCCACCCCCCGCUGCCCCUGAACCGCCACCCCCUGCCCUGCCUCCUGUGGAGGGUCUCCCGCGGCUCCAUAUCAGCAUUGAAGAACCAGAGGAGUCCGCAGAGUCCUUGCAAGUCAUAGUAGAGCCCGCCCCCUUGGAGGCGUCCCCUCUUGAAGAGAAGGUGCUGGUGAAGGUAGAGGAGGAAAACCUGGACCUGGAAGAGGAAGCCGCCGCUCUGCUGGUUCUGAUGGACGCUGCGGAGAAGGAGGAGACCGCUCCCUCAGAAAAGGCCUCUUUGGAGGCUGAGGAGGGGCCCGGACUGCUGAAGGAGGAAGCCCAGUCGCCCAGCCCGGCGACUGUCUCUGUGGAGGGACAGCCCCAAAAGGGCAAGAAGCCAAAAGUCCUGGAGCUGCCAUCACUGCCCACCCAGGAGAAAGUGAACGCCGCUGUGAACAGUCUUCUGGCGCCUGGCGGGACGGGGAGUACCCUGACUCCGACCACGGUUAUUUCUUCCCACGCAUUGACGCCGGUCUUGCUCACCCCGAGUUCCCUGCCCCCCACCAUCCAUUUCUGGAGCACCCUGAGCCCCAUUGCCCCCCGGAGCCCGGCCAAGCUCUCUUUCCAGUUUCCCAGUAACUCCAGCUCACAAGUUCACAUUCCUUCGCUCAGUGUGGAUGGACUCUCCACCCCCGUCGUCCUUUCUCCAGGCCCCCAGAAGCCAUAACCUUUCCUCUCCACAUCGCUGUUAUCUCUCCUUGCUUCUGCCAAUGAAACGGCUUUCGUUUCUUUCCAAGAAGCUGGGAUUAGACAGCUACAUGUCUCUUCGUUGACUGCAAGAAUCCCUUUGGCAAACCGAGGACCGCCGCCCUGCUUGAGGGGUGAAAGCAACACAGCAGCGGAUGCAUUCACUAGCUUGGAAGUGCCGGGAUUUUCCUUGAAGCCAAAACGGAGUCUCCCUAACACCAAGAAGUCCACGUGCUGCACCUGCCUGCUUCUGAGAAGUUUGAUAUGGCCCUCCGAUACCUCAUUUGGGGCAAAGGGGAUAUAUCCUCGUUUAUUUGUUCCCCUUUCUGCUUUAAAGGGUUGUCCAUGUUGACUUUUGAUGGGGCAGGAUGGGGCUCCCUUUUGCACCCCCCAUCUUGGUAUCCUUUCUCUUUUAAUGGAGAUGAUUUGGGGGUGAUGGUCCAAGGUCAAGAGGGGCUACCU